AGGCGCAGAAGACAGCCCGGGCCGGGGAUGAGGCUGGCAGGUUUUAGGGGCUCUGAGAAGCCUGAAGAGUCGUCUGGGAGCUUCUGCCCCAGAGAGCAGACUGGGCGAGCGGAAGCCGGUGGGGACACCCGGGAGAAAUCCGGAAUCGGAGCCAGGCCUGGACUCUUCCCUUUUCCAAAAAAAGAACUCAAAAUAGAAGGUUCAUCUCUUAUAAAACUCCAAGCCAUGUCUAAGGGAUCAGUGUCACUGAAGGAUGUCACUGUGGACUUCACUGAGGAAGAGUGGCAGCAACUGGACACAGCCCAAAAGGCCCUCUACAGGGAUGUGAUGUUGGAAAACUAUUGCCACUUCAUCUCUGUGGGGUUUCACAUAUCUAAGCCUCAUAUGAUCUGCAAGUUGGAACAAGGAGAAGAGCUAUGGACAGAGAGAAUUUUUCCAAGUCAGAGCUACCUGAAAGAUGGAAAGGCUGAAGAUGUUUUAGUGAUGUUGAGAGAAUGUCAAGACAUGCAUUCUAGAUCAGUUGUAUUCAUCAAUCACAAAAAAAUAAUUAAGGAGAGAAGUAACAUUUAUGGGAAAACCUUUACUCUAGGAAAGAACCAUAUUGUUUCAAAAACAACAUUCUAUGAACAUAAAUCUGAUGGAAAAGUUUUGAAAAAUAUUUCAGAAUUAGUUAUUAGAAAUGUAAACCCUGUAAAAGAAAAGGUUGGUGAGAGCACUGGGUGGGAAAAAUCAAACCUCAAUACUAAGCAUGAAAAAAUUCAUCCUGCAGUAAAUCUCCAUAAGCAAACAGAAAGGGACCUCAGUGGUAAACAAGAGCUUACUCAGCAGCAGAAAGUUCAAACUCCAGAACAACCAUUUGAAUAUAACGAAUGUAACAAAUCCUUCCUUAUGGAUGGAAUGUUAUUUUCACAUAGUAGAGCUCACAAAGGAGAAAGAACAUUUGAAUACAAUGAAGAUGGAAUUGCUUUCAUGGAAAAGUAUGAUCUGGGUAUCCACCCCCAUAAUCUUACAGAAAAGCCCUCUGCAUACAGCAAAUUUGGGAAAUUCCUCUGCAGAAAGUCUGUAUUUAUUAUGCAUCAGAACUCUCAAACAGAAGAGAAACCCUUUCAGUGUCCUUACUGUGGAAACAGCUUCCGAAGGAAGUCAUAUCUUACUGAACAUCAGCGAAUUCAUACAGGUGAGAAACCCUAUGUUUGCAAUCAAUGUGGCAAAGCCUUCCGUCAGAAGACAGCCCUCAAUCUUCAUGAAAAAACACAUAUAGAGGGCAAACCGUAUCUUUGUCUUGAUUGUGGAAAGUCUUUCCGCCAGAAGGCAACUCUCACUAGACAUCACAAAACACAUACAGGGGAAAAGGCCUAUGAAUGUCCGCAGUGUGGAAGUGCCUUUAGAAAGAAGUCGUACCUCAUUGAUCAUCAAAGAACUCACACAGGUGAGAAACCAUAUCAGUGUAGUGAGUGUGGGAAGGCAUUCAUCCAGAAGACAACCCUCACUGUACAUCAACGAACUCACACAGGAGAGAAACCUUACAUUUGUAAUGAAUGUGGGAAGUCCUUCUGCCAAAAGACAACCCUCACUCUCCAUCAGAGAAUUCACACAGGAGAAAAACCCUAUAUUUGUAACGAAUGUGGGAAGUCCUUCCGCCAGAAGGCAAUCCUUACUGUUCAUCACAGAAUACAUACAGGAGAAAAAACCAGUGGAUGUCCUCAGUGUGGGAAAGCCUUUAGUAGGAAAUCAAACCUCAUCCGUCAUCAGAAAACUCACACAGGAGAGAAACCAUAUGAAUGUAAAGAAUGUGGGAAGUUCUUCAGUUGUAAAUCAAACCUCAUUGUCCACCAGAAAACUCAUAAGGUAGAAACCAUGAGAAUUCUGAUGUAACUUCUUUGUAAAACUCUUUAAGUCAUAGUAAACCCUGUACCUGGUGUUGCUUGCAAAUAUAAUAUUCAGUGGUUUAAGAUACUGUAUUACAUAUUUACUCUUUGCUGUCCUAUAAAACACACAUGCACACACACAGGCGUGCGCAUGCAUGCACAAUUUCUGGAUAAAUGAUGAGAAUCUUUGAGGAAAAAAAUCCUAAAUUUUUGUUAUUAGAAUCAGGACAUUAAAACUUCUUCUGUUAAACUGCUAAGAAAACAUUCAAAAUUUUUUGUUUUUAUUUCCAUAUUUGUCUUUCUGUUAAUCAGUAGUAAGCAGCUGGCUGACUGGCAGUGCUCCAACGAUACACUGUGAGUAGAAGUGCUUUAAAACAAAGGAAGUGGGGGUGAGAGAUACAACUCAGCCACACAAGUGCCUGCCUGCAAGUGCAAGGUCCUGAGUUCAAUUCCCAGUACCUAGGGAAAAAAAAGAAAGGAGGUGAACUUGUAUUUCUCAGCAAAUAUGGAGUCAGUUGUUACCUCCUUAAAGUUAUUCAUAGUUUUAAUUUCUAACAUAAAUUAAUUUUGCAUAUUAAAAACUUUUAUAUAAAUUGGAUUAUAUAUUAUAUAGUCUUUAAUAUCCAGUGUGUCUCUAAGUCUCAUGAUCAAUGCAUGUGGGAGAAGGUCAUUUAUUUUUCAUUCUAUAUAGAAUUCUGUUAUAUCAGUUUAUCACAAUUUAUCCAUUCUACUAUUUGUGGACUUUUACAUUGUUUACAGCUUAGGGUCCUAAUAAAUAAUGUUUCUGAGAACA